CCUCGGUCCCCCGGCAAGAUGGUGAAGUUGGGGAACAGUUUCGCGGAGAAGGGCACCAAGCAGGUGCUGCUGGAGGAUGGCUUCGACACCAUCCCCCUGAUGACGCCCCUGGACGUCAAUCAGCUGCAGUUCCCGCCCCCGGAUAAGGUGGUCGUGAAAACGAAGACCGAGUACGAACCGGACCGCAAGAAGGGCAAGGCGCGUCCUCCCAAAAUAGCCGAGUUCACCGUCAGCAUCGCCGAGGGCGUCACCGAGAGGUUUAAGGUCUCCGUGCUGGUCCUCUUCGCCCUGGCCUUCCUCACCUGUGUCGUCUUCCUGGUCGUCUACAAGGUGUACAAGUAUGACCGCGCGUGCCCUGACGGGUUCGUCCUCAAGAACACCCAGUGCAUUCCAGAAGGCUUGGAGAGCUACUACUCGGAGCAGGACUCCAAUGCCCGGGAGAAGUUCUACACCGUCAUCAACCACUACAACCUGGCCAAGCAGAGCAUCACCCGCUCCGUCUCGCCGUGGAUGUCCGUCCUGUCGGAGGAGAAGCUGUCCGAGCAGGAGACCGAGGCCGCUGAAAAGUCGGCUUAGCGAGGUGGGCCAGCGCCUGCAGACAAGGUGUCGCCUGGAGGUAACAAAGGGACGUUGAGGGACAUAUCAUUCAAUACAGUUACCGAUGCUUUAGAGGUCACUCAUUUCCGGUGCGAUUGCUUCUGUUUGCUAAUGCUGCUUUGCAAACACAACUUGCUGCAGACCACCCAUGGGCAGAAAACCAAGAGCAUCUCAGCAUUGCUUCAAGAGCUCUGGCACCACGUUUCAUGUUAAGAAAUCUUAGUUACUUUCCUGGGAUUUAUUGGAAGCUGUCAAAAAAUAAAUUUACACUGGAUAUGCCAGGGGUUUGGACUUGAGAAAAAUAAUGCAUUUUGUGGGAUUGAUUUUUUUUCUUAAACCACCUUGCUGUUUGCAAACCUUGCUCCAUAGUCACACCCAGAGCGAUCUCUUGCUUCGCUGAGAGCAAGCUCUACUGACCGUUUUCUUUCCACCUCCCAUCAGAUGGGGACAGUGCUGGUCGCCAAGACACGCUGUAGUCAGGGGUACAGUUUGUGGAGGACAGACCCCUGAGUGGACCUGCACGUAUGCAAAUGUCAGGCUUGACCGAGGCCUGCUGGGGGUCACACUCUCACUGUGGUCCACAGAAGGUCACUCAGUCCCCUGGCUUUGCCUCUGGUAGAAAGGUACGGACACCCCCCUGGGUCAGAUGUCUGCAGAGUGUCACAGCCUGUGUAGGCAGGGGCUCUGGGGAGAGGUGGGCCAGGGGCCCUAGGCUGCAGAACCUGUCUCCUUAUAGGUAUCUGGCCCCACGACCGGCAGAGUAGGUGGGAAGCCGCUGGCCCUUUUGCUCACUUCUAUCACGAAUACAUUUGCACCACCACCCCCGUUAGCAAGUUAGUUUGUACACAUUGGCAGGGUGGGAGAGGUGGCGACGCCCAGGCUGGUGAGCCAGGGUUCCUGUAUGUUCUACUUGGUGAAACAGACGGGACAACCGUGACGUGAGACUGGGGGGAGGGGGGCUGCAGAGGGGCUGGGAGGCAUGCACAUCUGGCUAUGAAACUUCAGUUCAGUCUUUGUAAAGAAUGAUGUUUCAAGUUCAAUCUCGACACUAAAGUGUACGUUUACAAAAUUGCCAGUUAGACAAACUAAGUGUGUAAAAGAAUUAAAUGGAAAAAAGCUUCACAGAUGUUUUCUUCCAUGUUAUUUGAAUGUGCUGUUUCUGGUGGCUGUGUCAAAAGUUUCCGUUUUUUUAGUAGAUCAAAAAUAAAUGAUAGUGCAGGGUCUGUUGCGGACAAGCAGGGCGAUCGUGGUCAGCGCCACGGCCACCUCCUAGAUGUGCUUCCUGGCACGAACGACGUUUUAUUGUCAAGGGUCUUUGGACGGGGCCCAUGGCCUCAGGCCGGUGGCGAGCGUGACACAGCCGUGUGCCGCAGGAGGUCUGGAAGGGUGUCAUUAAGUGUGGGGAGUGCAUCAAGUGCCCGCCAUAGCAUGUCCUGCGUGUAAAGAAAUGAACUCAAACCCACGUCAGCGCGUUACCAAGGCAACCCCUUUGUGUUUUCUAUAAUCAUGUACUUCGCUGCCUGUAAGUACACCCAGUGUAACUUUGGACAUUUUCACUCUGUACAAAUAAAAAACGAGGCCAUCUGUG